CCUAAAUGCUCCAGAUACUGCCACGUGCCAUUAAAUUCUCUCCCGCGUCGCAAAUCUAUCCGUUAACCCUAAUCUCUCUCUCUCUCUCUCUCUCUCUCUCUGGGUGUCUCUGCACCUGCAACUCUCUCUUCCAUUGAAGGAGAGGAAGAUUGAUUUUUUUUUUUUUAAUUUUAAUUUAAUUUUAUUGAUUAGUGAUAUAGAAGAGGAUAGCUCAAAUGGGGAAACUUCUAUGCGAUUCAACGGCCGUCGCCGAAACGACAUUUCAACCCUCGUCGCCGGCCCUCCAUUGGAGAGACCCCAAUGGGGCUUCUAAUGAAGCAGUUGAUCUCGUAGACCAGAGUGUAAUGGCAACGACCACCGCCAUGUGGAAUGACGUGAAUGGUCUGGAGGACCAGCAGAGACGCCAUUUACAGAAACUCCAAACCAAAGGCGUGCUUUGGAAGCAUCCCGGUGAUGGUAAUAAAGACUCUUCGCUGCCUAGAUCGGUGGUUUUCAGGCUGUCUCAUGGGGGAGAGGUCUCGGCGGAUGGGAACUGCCUAUUCACCGCGUCGCAGAGGGCAAUGAUGGCGCGUGAGAUGGACGCGCGGGAGCUGAGGAGGCGGACGGUGCGGCGGUUCUCGGAGGACUUCGGAUCUGAAAAUGAUGAAGAGAAAGAAGUGAUAAAUGAUGCUAUUAGGCACAUGUACUCGCCGGAUCUGAAGAGCGGAUGGGGGAUUCAUGUUGUCCAAGAGGUCAAGCUCUUGGCCAAGAAGGAGGAUCGCGUCAAUUUGGAUUCCGCCAUCGAUGAGCUCCUUCAGCUGGGGAUGCAAAGAGAAAUGGCCGCCGAAUCUAUAUACAAAGAGAGAUGUCUUCCAGUGAAUGAUGGCCCCAGUUGGGCCAAAUACAUGUCCAUCUCUGGUUCAACUGAUGAUGAGUGUGAUAUCAUCACUUUGCAAUAUACUGAGGAGGGUUUGUUGUCUGUAGAUGACAAUAGAGAAGGUCAUGCUGCUGCUUUUGGAGAUGAUAUAGCAAUUGAGUGCCUUGCAACUGAGUUCAAGCGAGAGAUUUAUGUGGUCCAAGCGCAUGGAUCAGAUGCUAUGGUUGAUGAAGAGAAUUGUGUUUUCUUCCUCCCACACCGUCCAAGGAGUGAAAUUUGUGAACUUCCUUUCUUCCUUUUUAUGAAAGGAACAGGGUGGUCUGGUGCCGGAGCUGAUCACUAUGAGCCAUUGAUUGCCCAUCAUUCUUCUCUCCUUUCCAACGAGAAGGUUGCUCUAGUGCUUUGAGUUAGUCCUGCAGUUUUGUGGCUUAGGACUAGUUUCAUUUUUUUUUCCUACAUACAUUGUUUGAUAUAAGAUGAUGUUAGCCUGAUUGAUGACUCUCUUGCGGAUCAGGAGGAUUCAUACUUUUUUUGUUUUUUCUUUUGGUUGAGACUUAGAAUUGAUCUUUUGACUCUAGCUUGCAGGUUUGCUGCCUGCAGUUAAGCAUUGUUGUAGAAUUGGUGGUGGUUUUGCCGGCUUUUGUUUAUCGUUGUUGAGUCUUGUGAGGGUGAUUUGAGUUGUCUAGGAUACUAUUCUGUCAAAGCUAGAAUAGUACCACUCAGUUGUAUCUUGAGCUUGAUUAAUAUAUAUUCAAUGGUAGAUUCUUGACAUGAA